AGCUGAGCCAGACACUUCAUUCGCUGGAUAGGACAGACAGUUGUGUACCGUAUGAUCUCACAUCAUCGUUUAAUAGAUCAAAUCGUAUACUGCGUAGCCUGUUUGCUGUGGGCCUACAGCCAGCUGUUCCCUGGAAACGUCAUAAAGAGGAGACGUUUGUCCCGCCGCUGUCGGAUGCUGAGACGCGCAAUCAGCCUGUGGAUGCUUGAUGUCCAUUAUGAAACGCAAUGAUGCACUGGGUACCGAGUGUUAGGCACAGCGCGUUUGCGAUCAAAUGAAUUACAAGAAAUCAAUUUAGCUGCCAAAUACUGCUGGUGCGGACGGUCCAAGGGGGUCCUUCUCACCAGCCCUCUGCUUCCUGUCUUUUCUUGGAUUGUGGAUAACAAGAAGCCUUCAAGACGGAGGGGGUGGUGGAGCAUCGAGGAAAAAAUAGGGGCAAUAUGAGAGAGCGGGACUUCAUGCCCAAUAUGGAGAGGGGCAAACCUGCUACUUAUACGGGGGACAAAAAGGCUAAGAUGGCUGCUAAGACGAACAAGAAGUGGGUGAGACUAGCCACUGUUUUUGCAUAUGUAUUGUCCGUAUCUUUAGCAGCCAUUAUCCUGGCAAUUUACUACAGCCUGAUCUGGAAACCAACCAGUGCAUCCUCAUCUGCGGGGAAGCCAGGAGUGCCCGAGGAGGUCACCCCAACUGCUAACAUCUCGACUAAUAUUUCCACAAGCAACAAUGUCACGGAGUGGAACUCUACACAAAGUGGACGGUUGUCUCUCAACCAGACGAGGCAGGUCACAACCCCGUACAGUCAUACGUUUCAAUGGGUUGACAGAGCCGAGAGUGUGGCGGUGUCUGGAGCAGAAGUUGCGCACUCGCAGCAGAAGGAAGGACUCUACGCGUCUUCCCGUAGCCACACGAGCACCGAGAGAUCGGACACAUUGGAGAGACAGACCGGAGAGAGGGAGCCUGAGGGCGAGGAGGAGAUGGAGGCGCGCGGACUGGCCGGCGGGGUGAUUGACAAAAGCGACCCUGACCAGCCGGCUGCAGAUACCGCCACUGUCCCUUCAACAGCCGCGAAGAGCCGAGCUGGCCUGAGAGGAGACUGAUCGGGCCUCAUCCCCCUCCACCACAAACCCUCACACACAUAAACUAACCCUUCAAGGAGUGUUUUUCAGAAUCAGUGCCGCGGGUCGGAUUACACACAUGUCUUCACUUUAAAGUCAUUUCGCAGAGCCUCUUAUGGAUGCCGAACUGCACAUAUUAACUGACAUCUUGCUCUGAAAAGAGAAGAAGACGUCGCUUCUUCGGUGAACACGGUUUCCCCUCCAGCACUAACGAUGCGUUUUUUGUUUUAUUUUAGGCCAUCUGUAUGCCUUAAAUCAAUGUGUGUCUACUUUACCUCGGACACUAACCUGCCUGUGCGCGUGGACACCACUGGUAUAGAUGUUUUGUUAACCUAACCCGGGCUCCAGAGAUGCGUUUGGUUUUGCAGUUCAUUAAUAUUUAUCACAGGCAUACAGCGCUUAACAUCACUGCCAUUCAUCGAAUACUGCAUUUUUGCAUUUUAACAUAGAGGCUGUACUGUCUUUUUCAUGGAUCAAAUCCGGAUUUCGAUUAGAAGAACCUGCAUUAUUGAGUUAUGCUCAGGUAUGUGCAUAUAACCAUGUCUAUGUAUUGUGUAUUUGGUUAUGUACAGGUAGGGCAGGCAUACAUCUUUUGGGCCUUGAUGAACUUUUAAUGUAAUUAGAUGAUUUUUAUUAAAGGUACAGUAUAAUAGGUAUAACUAUCACAAGGUACAAAUAAACAUCCUUAGAAAAUUAGUCAUUUGGUUUUGUAAUAGAUCUAUGUAAAUCAUGAAUUUAUCGAUGACAUUAACCUGUAUGUUAGAUAUUUUAUUUAUUCAGAAACCAGAAUGAAUAAUAUAUAUUCAAAUAAAUGUUAGGUUUUUCCUAACAUCUUACGUUUUAUUGCAAAAAAAUGAAAAGUUUAAUUAACUGGUUCAUUAGUCAAGAAAAGUAUAAGGUGGAAACCCCACAUCUAUAUGGAGAGCUAUAGGUCCAGUUGACAAAAUCAUAACCGUGCGAUCACACAGAGCACUCAGUUCAUGGUCAUCCUUGUAAGCUCGACAUCUAAUCAAAUC